AGAAAAGAAAAAACAACUCGAUGAUAUGAGUUGCCUUGACGGUUUGAUCACACCAUGUUGUGUCUUUGUUGUUGUUUGCACUAUUCCACUUGAACAGAUCUCACCGCAGAAAUAGGCCAAAACUGUCACCCAUCCACGGCUCCACCCCUUCAAAAUUCUCCCUCUCUCUCUCCUCUGACUUUACACCAAAAUGACCACCAACGACCAAGACUUCCAAUUUGAAGAAGCAACAAUCACAACCAUUCAUCAAGCCUUCUCCCAAAACACCUUGACCUGUACACAACUCGUUGACUACUACCUCAAUCGAAUCGAAACCUUAAACCCUAUCCUACGCGCUGUCGUCGAGGUUAACCCUGACGCGCGUGCUCUAGCUAAACUCGCAGACGAUGAACGAGACAAUGCGCGUGGAAAUGGCGCUGAAUUAGGCGCGUUGCAUGGAGUUCCAGUGUUGGUGAAGGAUACUAUUGGAACUAAAGAUAAGAUGGGUACUACUGCUGGUUCCUACGCGCUGGUGGGGUCAGUGGUGGCGCGUGAUGCUACGGUUGUGGAGAAGUUGAGAAAAUCUGGGGCAAUUUUAUUAGGGAAGGCAAGUUUGUCAGAGUGGUAUAAAAUAAGGUCCAUUGAUCAUCUUCCUAAUGGUUGGUGUGCUAGAGCUGGUCAAGGAGUGAACCCAUAUGUAAAAUCUGCUGAUCCCUGUGGCUCAAGCAGUGGUUCAGCAAUAUCUGUAGCAGCGAACCUAGUGGCCGUAUCACUUGGCACUGAUACUCACAGCUCCAUCAUCUGCCCUUCUGAUCAUAAUUCUGCUGUGGGCCUAAGGCCAACAGUCGGACUUGUUAGCCGAGCUGGUGUCAUUCCCAUUUCUUCCCGCCAAGACACUGUUGGGCCUAUAUGUAGAACUGUUUCUGAUUGUGUAUAUGUUCUGGAUGCGAUUGCUGGUCCAGAUCCUAGAGAUGAGGAAGCAACAACAAAAUCUUCGAAAUAUAUACCUCGAGGAGGAUAUAAACAAUUCCUUAAAGUGGAUGGAGUAAGAGGAAAGAGAUUAGGCAUUGUUAGACAUCCGUUUGUUACCUCCUUACAUGAAUCCACUGUGGCUCAAUCUUUUGAACAUCACCUCGAAACCUUAAGGGAAAGAGGAGCAACAUUAGUGGACAGCCUUGAGAUAUCACACAUUGCUGAGAUCCUUAAUCCUCAUGAUAGUGGUGAAAUAACAGCAAUGAUUGCUGAUUUCAAGCACGCGAUAUCUAAAUACCUCAACGAGCUUGAAUCAUCUCCUGUGAGGUCCCUAGCAGAGAUAAUUGCCUUCAAUGAGAAAAAUCCUGAACUGGAAAAGACUAAUGAGUUCGGGCAAGAUGGAUUUGUAGAGGCAGAAAAUAUGCAUGGAAAUGGAGAGGAAAUAGCUAAGAUAAUUGAGCAUCUUGAACAGCUAUGCAAGGAAGGUUUCGAGAAAUUGAUGAAAGAGAAUGAAUUAGACGCGAUGGUGACUCCCGGGACAAAGGCUAUCCCUGUGAUGGCAAUCGGAGGGUAUCCUGGGAUUACUAUUCCUGCUGGUUAUGAUGAACAUGGAAUUCCAUUUGGAAUGUUAUUCUCAGGAUUGAAGGGAACUGAACCAAAGCUCAUUGAAAUUGGUUAUGCGUUUGAACAAGCUACUUUGGCUAGGAAGCCACCCUUGUUUGACUCACCUGAAUGGCAUGAAGAUUUGCACAUACCAUGAUUCUUAAUGUGGUAGUUGAAACAUGUAGAAGAGAACAAGUUUGUUCUCACUUUCCACACUUUUAUCAUCUCAUUAGAAGAAAGAUCAUCGUUUUCAUUUUGUAUUUUCUUCCUGUUUUUUUUAGUGUAUGGUAAUUGAGUAUUUGUGGCAAAAAGGCUGAGUUAUUUA